UGCAGACCGGCCGGGGGACGCUGGGGCGAUGCAGCAGGAGGAGCCUGCGGGUCCCCACAGCCUGGGGAUGCACACGGCCCCCCCAGCCCCCAAUUCGGGGCUUCUGACCCAGACGGCGAGAGCUCUUGCCUUAACCCCCCCAGUUGUGACUCCAGAAGAGCGAUGUACUCUCGGGGUGCCCGUGAGUGCCCCAGUGCAGGCGUGACCCCAGGCGGGGGGUGGGGCAGGAAAUUGGCUCAGAGGGUGCUGGGGAGCCCAGGUCCUCGGGCUUCCAGAAGUACCUUCCAGAAACUUCCUUCCAGGGGAAAGGUCGCGGUCGCGCUGGACGGGAAGGCUGGGCGGGGAGAGAAGGGUCUGCCCCCCGCGGGGCCCGUCUUCCCAACGCAUGGCCUGUCCCCAGAGGCACCCGGAAGCAGCGACUCAGGUGCUUCCCCUGUUCCACGCUCUGGGCGCCACCGGCCUCCUCAUCGAGUACGAGGACAUGUUUCCCUACGAGGGCCACCUGCGGCGGCUGCGGGCCCGGCACGCAUACAGCCCCUCGGAGAUCGCGCACAUCCGGCAGCUGGCCGCGCGGCACGGGCUGGAGGUGGUGCCCCUGGUGCAGACCUUCGGGCACAUGGAGUUUGUGCUGAAGCACUCCACGUUUGCUCACCUCCGAGAAGUGGCGCCGUUCCCCAACACGCUGAACCCCCACGACGCGGGGUCCCUGGCCCUGGUGGGGGCCAUGCUGGACCAGGUGCUGGGGCUGCACCCGGGUGCCCAGUGGCUGCACAUCGGCUGUGACGAGGUGUACUACCUGGGGGAGGGGGCGGCCUCGAGGCAGUGGCUGCAGCAGGAGCAGAACACGAAGGCGAAGCUGUGUCUGUCCCACAUGAGGGCCGUGGCCAGCCUCGUGCAGGCCCGGCACCCGGCCACGCGCCCGCUGGUGUGGGACGACAUGCUGCGGGACGUCCCCGAGGACCAGCUGGCAGCCUCGGGGCUGCCACAGCUGGUGGAGCCUGUGCUCUGGGACUAUGCAGCCGACCUGGACGUCCAUGGCAAGGUCCUCCUCAUGGAGAAGUUCCGGAGGUGCGGCUUCUCCCGGCUGUGGGCUGCCAGCGCCUUCAAGGGGGCCACAGGGGCCAGCCAGGCCCUGACCCCCGUCCAGCACCACCUCGGGAACCACAUGCGGUGGCUGCAGGUGGCGGCCAGCGGGCCCGCAGACACCCUGCAGGGCAUCGUCCUGACCGGCUGGCAGAGGUACGACCACUUCUCGGUGCUGUGCGAGCUGCUGCCCGCCGGCCUCCCGUCCCUGGCCGUGUGUCUGCAGUGCCUGCUGCACGGAAGCUUUGGUGAAGAUGUUAAAGCCAGAGUGGAGAACUUGCUGGGGAUGCCCGGCCUGGACGUAGCGGACAUCGCCAGGGAGGGGGCGGGCUCCUUCCCCGGCAGCGACAUCCUGGCCCUCGUCACCCAAGUCAGCCUCCACCUGCGCGACUCCGUGGACGCCUUGCUGGAGAGGGACAGGUACGUGACCGGCUGGUUCAGCCCCUACCACCGCAGGCGGAAGCUCGUCCACCCCGUCAUGGUCCGCCACAUCCAGCCCCAGGCGCUCAGCCUGCUGGCCCGCUGGGGCGCCCUGACACAGGAGCUGGAGGCCGCCCUGGGGCGCGUCUUCUACCCCGACGCGGUGGAGGAGUGGCUGGAGGAGAACGCACGGCCUGGCCUGCGGCGGCUGCAGGCGCUGCUGCGCGACCUGGACGAGGCGGCCGGCCCUGUGGACGUGGCCCCCGAGGCCUGAUGCCCCCGCGGGCUGUGAAGGGAGCCCGGAGCAGAGGCUGGACGUGGCCCUGGACAGGGGCUCGGCAGCCCCCGGUGGCAGCUGUCUCCAUCCUUGCUCUGGAGCUGGGGGGACCCCAGGGGCCUGCACCCUGCGUCUUAGAGGGAGGCACCGGGGCGCACACACUGGACCGAGCACAGCAGUCACAUUAUUUAUUUUUUAAAGAAAAAAAGCACUUUGGAUUCCUCCACUUAAACCCUAGCACGUUUCGGUGUCCCCGUCUGAUAGCUGAGGAGGGGGCCCCUCACCCCGGUCGUCCAGACCGCCGCCCUGCCCCC